AUGCAAUUAGGUUGCUGUUUAGCAAUAUGUCAAUUCUUUUUGUUGAGCGUGGUUGCCUUUCAGGAUAACGAUUUGAGUUCAGUUGAAAAUAAAUUUGAAGUGAAUCUUGAAGGUAAUUGGAGAACCAGCCCAUUCCAGCUAAAUUUACUCGAAAGUAUAUCAGGAUAUAAUGAGUCUUUAUUUAUUAGUACAUUAGCCAAUAUUAUUGGUUUUUCUAUUGAAGAAAAUGAAUCGGAUGAAGAAUCGAAUGACGUUGAUGGUACUCUUAUUGGUGAUUCUCAUAUAUAUAAGAAGGUGGUUGAUGCGCUAAAUCUAGAUGAUAUUUCCAAGUCAUUCAUAGGGUUUAACUUGGUAAACAAAGUAUUUACCCCUCGUAUUCAAGCACAUUACGAGUACUAUACUAAUGUCGUCGAUCCCCAAUUCUUCCAUAGGUUGAACAAAGAAUGUUCCACGGAUUCUUUUGGGAAUAAGAUUCUCUCCGGAGAAUCUGACAAACACCAGGCAUGGAUACUUUAUAAUAACAAGUUAUAUUGCUCUUCUGACGAAGUGUUUGCUUUGAAAACCGAUAAGAAGUCUACUUCGACGGAUGAUAUUUUACCAUUCGAUAGAGUAAUUGGUUCCAACCAGGAGUCACCUCUCUUAGUUCUAUAUGGAGAUAUAGAAUCUGAGGUUUUCAAAAACAUGUUCAUAAACCUCUACGAAAGUGCAAAAAUAGGAAAGUUAAGAUUUGUAUGGAGGUAUAUUCCUUCCAAUAGUCAAAAUCAACGUGAACAACUUAGCGGCUAUGGGGCCGAUCUCACGUUGAAGAGAACAGAUUAUAUGGUUAUAGAUGAUCGUGACAUCAAUAAAAUUCAAUCUACAAAUGAAAAAAGGAUAGAAAACAAUAACUAUCGUCUUGAUAAGGAUAUUUCAAGGAUUGCAAGUCUUGACGAACUUAAACCCAUUUCCAAAGAUAACCUUACUGAUUUGGGGUUAAAAUUGGCUUCGUUUAUAUUAUCUAAUGAUUAUUCCGAUAUUUCAAAUCACGAUUUAUUGAAUAGUAUUUUACAGGACUUUCCGAAAUUUGCUUAUUACGUUUCCCAUUUAGAUCCUGAAAAUAUCAAUUCCGUUAGAGAAAGCGUGAACGCUAAUGUGAAACUAGGUAUGUCUGAAGAAUCGAAUGGUAUUUAUAUUAAUGGAUCACCUAUAAACAAACUUGAACUUGAUGUACUUAAAUUGGUUGAUAAAGUACGUGAUGAGUUGAAGCUAGUGAAUGAACUAAAGGCAUUAGGAUUUACCACCGGUCAGGCAAAGAAGCUUUUAUUUAAGUUUGCAUUAUUAAGUGCUGUAAAGGAAUCACAAUUUCGCACAGGAAAUACCAUUAUGGGUGGAAAUGAAAAUAGAUUUAAAGUCUAUAAUUAUCAAUUCACACCAAUGAGUAGACAUAAGAAAGGUGGUGUUGUUUUUUUCAACGAUAUUGAAAAAGAUGAUGUAUAUGAAAGCUUUCCUUCUAGCCGGAGAGAAGCCUAUUUAGGGUUUUCAGCACAACAUCUUAGACCAGGACAAAUCCCAUUAAUACGAGAAAACAUACAUGACUUGAUAUUUGCUUUAAAUUUUUCAGACAAGGAGCAGUUAAAAGUUUUUUUCACGUUUUCUAAAAUCAUUCUUGAUAAGAGUUUACCUCAACAGCUCGGCUUAAUUGCAUGUGGUGGUAAUGAAAAAGAUAAGAUGAUAGCUGAAAUCUUCUACUUUAUUGUUGAUAAAGCAUCCUUGACAGAAGGAUUAGCCUUUUUGUAUAAAUACUUUGAUGCGAAAGAUGAAGAAGCAGAGAAAGAAAUCUUGAAUGCCGUUAGCAUUCCGUCAACAUACAUCUUCAAUGAGUCUAUUUAUCAAGAUGUCUUGGAUAGAUUUUCAAUCAAUUCACCAUCAGUUAUAUGUAAUGGUGUUAUAUACGAGCUUACUUCAACCUGGCAAGUACUAAUGGGCAAACAGCUUGCACAAGAUAUUCGAUUGAUACAGAAUCAUAUCCAAAAAGGCAAUGAUGUUAAUAAAUCAUUAAAAAGUUUUCUUUUUGAAAACGCCAAAUCUGAGAGAAACUUGCGUAUUAUUCCUAAUGAUGCUAGUUUAAUUAAAUAUAAGGGAAUAAACCAGGAAUUAAUAGAUAAUUCAAUUUCUUUCAAAUGCGAAGAGAAAGAUAAUGGAGCAUCGGCAACAUUUUGGUUAAUUGGUGAUUUCAAUUCUAUUAAUAUUUUGGAUCAAUUUGUUGAAAUUUUACGUACUAUGAAAGUGGAACGUUCGUAUUCUAUUCAAGUACGGAUCUUGAACAAAUCUUCGAAUAGUGAUUUACUAGACGAGAUCAAAACUCUAUUCCAUAUUAGCCAGUUAAGAACUAAAGAUAUUGAAAAUAUAAUAUCUUGGCUAUCAGACAGAUUACAUAAUUCCGUCAACUAUAAGCCGGAUAAAAAUAUUAUUCAGUUAUUAGAAAAAAAUGAGUUACCACCUAACCAUCCUUUACUUUUACUAAAUGGUAGAUAUUUUAGGUUGGAUAAAAAUUUAUCAUUUAAAGAAUUACAACAACUUUUAGAAUAUGAAUUCAGCCAACGGCUUAAUUUGUUUGGUGAUAUUAUAUCAGCUUAUCCGGAAGAUUUUCCAAGAUCAUUCUGUGGAUACCAUUCGUCCAGAUACGACUGUUUGGACUGGUUUGAUUUAGUCUCAUCUUAUGUUACAAAAUCUUUUCACGUAGAUGAUAACAUGCUCGUCUCGGAUGUUGCAAGAUUCGAUUUUAGUUCUUUGAAUAUGGAUAAUAUUUUGAAGAUAUCUGAGAAUGAAACUCCUAAAGAAGUGGAAGUUUUACUCAUAAUUGAUCCUAUUGAUGAAAACUCGCAAAAACUAGUUUCUAUCAUUAAUGCUAUCACAAGUUUUCCGUUUGUUGAUAUCAAAAUAUUACUUCAACCACAACUCGAAGCAACUGAUGAAGUUAGAAUUGGUAGACUUUAUCGAGGCGUAUAUCCAUCCUCUAUUCCACAAUUUGGUAAAGACGGUGGAUUAGAAAUUAAAAAUAAAGCAGUAUUUGGAAUGGUACCUAGCCAAGAAUUAUUUACUACCAAUAUCGAUUCUCCAGCAAGAUGGCAAAUAGUGAUACACGAUAGUCCAUCUGGAGUUGAUUUGGACAACGUGAAAUUAUCAAAUUAUGUUGAUAGUUUAAUUUAUGGAACUUACGUUUUAAAGAAUAUUCUAAUUGAGGGCUAUGCCAAAAAUGUCAAAUAUGGCAUGAAUCUUUCUGGCUUGACAAUAGAUUUAAGUAAAGAUAACUCGUAUACCGACACAACAGUUAUGUCUAAUUUAGGAUAUUUCCAAUUAUCAGCUAACCCAGGAAUUUGGAAAUUUAAAAUCAAACCAGAAAGCAAAAGUGAAAAGUAUUACUCGUUACUAUCUGCAUCGGAAAACGUAUUCAUUUCGAACACUGAUCCUCUUGAUAGCGUAAAAGUGGCAAUACUUAAUUUAAAUGGACUAGUUCUAAAGCCAAGAUUUACUACUAAUUCCGGGUAUGAAAAUAAAUCUAUAUUUGAAGUGGACAAUAGAAUUGAAUCUAAAGAUGAUAAUAAAAUCGGAAGCUUCAUAAAGUCACUCUUGAAAUCUAAUGCUCCAACUGCCAAGAAACAAGCAGAUAUCAACAUCUUUACGAUCGCAAGCGGUCAUUUGUAUGAGAGGUUCUUAUCUAUUAUGACAGCAUCAGUGAUGGCACACACCGAUAAACUGGUUAAAUUCUGGAUCAUUGAAAAUUAUAUUUCUUCCCAUUUUAAGAAAUUGUUACCACUUUUGGCACAGGAAUACAACUUUGAAUAUGAACUCAUAACCUAUAAAUGGCCAAAUUGGCUAAGGUUCCAAAGGGAGAAACAGCGUACCAUUUGGGGAUAUAAAAUAUUGUUUUUAGAUGUCUUGUUCCCGCAAGAUUUGAAAAAAGUUAUAUUUGUUGAUGCAGAUCAAAUAGCACGUACCGAUAUGAAAGAAUUGAUUGAUCUUGAUUUGGAAGGAGCACCAUACGGAUUUACCCCAAUGUGCGAUUCUAGGAAAGACAUGGAAGGGUUUAGGUUUUGGAAGCAAGGAUAUUGGGCACAUGUGUUGAAAGACGGCUUGAAGUAUCAUAUUAGCGCAUUAUAUGUAGUGGACUUAGACAAGUUUAGAGCUAUUUCCGCCGGUGACAGAUUGAGGGCUCAUUAUCAAAAGCUUUCAUCUGAUCCAAACUCAUUAUCUAACUUAGAUCAAGAUUUACCCAACAAUAUGCAAAACAAAAUCAAGAUUCAUUCACUUCCUCAAGAAUGGCUCUGGUGCGAGACCUGGUGUUCUGACAGUGAGUUUAGUGAUGCAAAAACAAUUGACCUUUGUAACAAUCCUUUGACAAAGGAAAACAAGUUAGAAAGGGCUAAAAGACAAAUUCCCGAAUGGACUACUUAUGAUAACCAAAUAAAACGUUUGAUGGAUCAAAUUACUGAUAAUGGAAACCCAAAAAUUUCUACAGAUGCAUCAGAAAAGACACCUCGCAAUGACCUACACGAUGACGACAAUCAAUCUCAAUACGAGCCUGAUUAUAUUCAUGAUGAACUUUAG